CAAACAUGUCCUGAGUACCUACUGCAUGCCACGCACCAUCAUAGGCCUGAAGAUGGAGCUGUAAACAAGGCCCCUGACCUCAUGGAGGCUGCUGACAUGUUGCUGGAUGAUGGAUGACAGAUACCACAUGUAAACCUAUAACGAGGAAACAAGAAAACUGAAGCUGGCAAGAAGCCUUGGUUCCUCAGUAGAUGGACCUCUCCAUAGGGUUGAUUGAGUGUCCCCAUGACAUGGCAGCCGGCUUUCCCCAGGGUGCGAAGACCCCUUUGUGGAAGAAGGAAGUAGAGGAGCCGCGGGCCAGGGAGGCGCGGCCGAGGCCCGAGGAGGGGUCGGUGGAGGAGGAGGAAGACGAGGAGAGGCCGCCGGAGGAGCUCGCGGCGGAGGGCGAGGCGGAGGGCCGGCUGGCGGGGGGCGGCGAGAGCCGCGAGCGUGGCUCGGUGUCGUACAGCCCGCUGCGCCAGGAGUCCAGCACCCAACAGGUGGCGCUGCUGCGCCGCGCCGACAGCGGCUUCUGGGCCUGGUUCAGCCCCUUUGCGCUGCUCGGCAGCCUGGCCGCCCCAGCCGACAGGUGAGGGCGCCCCCCGGAGGAGCGUUGCGUGUUGGAGACCCGGCGGCGGCGGCCGCGCCUCGGGGGCUGCGCGCGCUGUGAGAUCCUUUUCUGCAAGAAGUGCAGGAACCUGCACAGCCUGCGAGCCUACGUGGCGCACUGCAUUCUGGAGCACCCCGACCUAGGUGAGGAGCGGGCUUUGGGAGGCGCGGGGGCCGCCUGGGACCCCUGAGCGCUCCCCACUCCGGUCCUGUGCGGCCCUCCAUCCUUACCUGGACCCAGACUCCCCACAACCCUCUCCUCUCCCUCUACGCCGAGCGCUCUCCAGCGCACUCCACGGACGUGCCCCUUCUCAGAGGCCCCCCCCGAGCACCCCGCACCCUCUCUGAGCCGACCACGAACCCACUGAUGAAGGCCGCAGCCCCACCUGUCAUCUAGCGCCCACUCAACGGAGCGCCCGACCUCACCUGGAGCUCCAUUCCUCCAACCGCGCCUCGCGAGGGCCCCGCCCCCGGGCAGCAUGCAGUGCCCACCCCCCACCUGAUUCGCCUCCCCUGGCCUAGCCUCACCCUCAUCUCUUGGGUGUUUCAGGUCCUUCUGGCUUGGUGGGCAGAGACAUGGCCUUGAGAAAAUAAUCUCUGGGAAACUUGCUCCUUCUCUCCAAUCAUUCAAUACAGCCCCUAAUCAAA